AUGGCAUUCACAAUUAGAGUUGUAGUAGUGCUUCAUCUCUUGAUAAUAAUAAUAAUAAUGAGUUUGUUGCUUCUUCAAGGUGACGCAGAAAAAUUAUUAAUAAAGCUUGAAGAAGGAAAAAUGAAAAAGUGUGGAAUUAAUAGAAUUUAUCAGUUUGGUGAUUCACUUUCGGAUACCGGAAACUGCCUGAGAGAGACGUAUUGUAGAGCUCAUUCUGGGUGUAGAUUCCCUCCAUAUGGAAUGAAUUUUUACCAGAAAGCAGUAACGGGGCGUUGUUCUAAUGGAUUGCUCAUGAUUGAUUUCAUUGCGCUGGAAUGUGGUCUUCCUCUCCUAAAUCCGUCGUUAGAAGAAAAUGCAGAUUUUAGUCAUGGUGCGAAUUUCGCUGUAUCAGGGGCUACUGCUUUAUCAGUCGAAUCCUUAGCAAAGAAGAAAAUUCAUAUGUCAUACACAAAUAGUACAUUAAGUGUGCAACUUCAAUGGAUGUCUUCUCAUUUCAAUUCAGUUUGCUCUACGGAUUGUCCAAAAUAUUUGGAAAAUUCACUUUUCCUAGUUGGAGAAAUAGGAGGAGAUGAACUCACUUAUGGCUUAAAUCAAGGUAAAACUAUGGAAGAGUUGCGAAGAAUGGUGCCUGAUAUUGUUCAUGCCAUCAUUCGUGGUGUUAGAAGAGUCAUAAGUUUUGGAGCUACUCGAAUUGUAGUUCCAGGUAAUAUUCCAGCGGGUUGUAACCCGGUUAUCCUGACGAUAUUUGGUACCAGACCAUCAACUACCUACGAUGAGUAUGGUUGCGUGAAAGAGUGGAACAAUUUUAUAAUGUAUUACAACAAUUAUUUGAAACGAGGAAUUCACAUGUUGAAGAGAGAGUAUCCAAACAUUUCAAUCAUUUACGGUGACUACUACAGUGCAUAUCUCUGGCUUCGACAAAAUGUUGUUGCUCUUGGAUUCGACAAAAAUUUUGUACUGAAACCAUGUUGUGGAAUAGGCGGAGACUACAAUUAUAGAGAAGAUAUGAAAUGUGGUGAUCCAGGAGUCGAAGCGUGUGCAGACCCGAAUAUUUACAUAAGUUGGGAUGGACUUCAUUUAACACAAAAGGCAUACAGUUGGUUAACAAAAUGGCUAAUCGAUGACAUAAUACCACAAUUAAACUGCCCUGUUUAAAUUCAAUCUUUUAAUUUA